GCCUCCAUCAUCUCUCAGGGAGUGAUCGUUCAUUUCCGCUUGUAGAUCUACUAAACCAGGCUCAUGUCUGCCGUACAGCACGGAAAGCGAUGUGUGAACGUGAACCAACUAGUUAAGUUAGUAUGUGGCAAAAUAGGUGUUUUAAAAGCUAAAAUAAGCUCAUUUACACAUUAUCCGUCUAGCUAACUUGAUAGCGACCAGUUCAGAGGUGUAUUUGUGUUGUUAGGUCCGCUUAGGUUUAGCUAACGUUAGCUGGUUUACAUUAUGGACGUUUUACGUCCAGCUCUAAUCAAUAUAAAUGGAAGAAUAUACCGAAGGAAUAAUAUUAAGGAAGAACAUUACGAGGAGGAAGAAGAAGAAGAUGUAUCUUACAUGGGGCCACCAGAGAGUGAAGACCUCCCUGAAGAUGAAACCUGUGAUACCAGCUUAAUUGAACAAAGCGAUAAAGGAUACCGCUGUGCAAUCGAUGUCCCAAGUGUUCUUUACAAAUACAUCAUUGGAAAAAAAGGAGAGACACGCAGACGCCUGGAGACUGACACAAAGACAUCCAUCAGCAUCCCAAAACAAGGAGUGGAAGGCCAGAUUGUUAUCACAGGUUCCCUCAAAACUGCAGUCUCAUCUGCAGUCACACGUGUUGAGGUCCUUGUUGACAGUUUCCGCAAGAAGCAGCCUUUCACACAUUUCCUGUCAUUCCCUUUGAAUGAUCCAAAAAUUCAAGAAGGAUUCCUGAGCUUUAAAGAUGAGGUGUUGAAGCAGUGCUCACAGGAUCAUGGAGUUGAGGGAAGCAUCUUUCAGAACCCUGCAAAGCUUCACAUGACAAUCGGCACCCUGGCUCUGUUAAAUGACACAGAAGUGAGAAAAGCAAAUGAACACCUCCAACAGUGUCAAAACUUCAUCCGGGACAUCACAGAAGGAAACCCUCUGCCGUUGGAGGUAACGGGCAUCGAGUACAUGAAUGAUGACCCGGCCAUGGUGGACGUCUUGUAUGCCAAAGUCAAUGUGAAAGACAUAUCUGACAAGUUGCAGGUGGUUGCAGACCGGCUGGUGGAGCACUUUGUCUCAGCAGGGCUGAUGGUCAGAGAGUGGGACAGAGUGAAGCUGCACGGCACUGUGAUGAACACUCUGUUCAGAAAGGACUCCACAGUUGACGAAACGGGCGGCCCAGGAAGACAAACCAUGAGUGAACGAGAGGCUUUUGAUGCCAGAAACAUUUUAAAGAAGUUUGGUGCUUAUCGUUUUGGAGAGUUUAAGCUGAAUACUGUCCUGCUGUCCCAGAGAUAUUCGACAGAUUGUACGGGCUACUACACCUCUUCAGGGAGCAUCGACUUCUCCUGAGCUUCUACAGGGCUGAGCCAAUUCUGAGGGACAUGAUUAAAGAUGCGCUGGGCAGAUGUCUUCACUAAUGAUCGUACGGAAAACACGUGAAGGAACAUGCGUCACCCGCAGACUGACACUGAAGACAUGCUUAAUUUGUCAGAUUUCAAUAUAAGACGGUCGGACUACGUGUUUAUUUAAAUUGCCAUGUGUGUCUUGUUGCAUAAAUUAGGAAUAUAUUGGACGAGGGCUGCAAGGGGUGAAUCUUUUUCAGAAUCGUUCAAUUACAGUGGAUUAUUUUCUCGACUUAUUAACAUUCGAUUGGUCUAUAAAAUGUGGAAUGAGAAAGUAGUGAAAAUGGGUAACAUUUAAGGACAAUACAAAUAUUUAAUAAAUGGUUUAUAACACAGUUGUUGUAAGCAGCCAUACGGAC